CAUUGCAAACUGAAAAAGGCGACCGUAAUCAGUGCAGCGAAGCGAAAAGUAACUGUAGGAAAGUAUACAUGACCUGAGAAGGCCUGUAUACAGCCAUUAGCCAAGUCAAGCUCGCAGUAUGACCGCAGCCGCCUAGCGGUCAAGGCUCCAGCCCAGUGCCUAGCGCGGAAUUUAAAAAAGUAAAAUAAAAGCGCGCGUAACUGUCAACGUCAUUUUGUUUUUUCGACGCUAAAUAAAAAAAAACUUUUCUUUUUUUUUAACGACGCUUUCGGAUUCUACGUUAACUGGAUUUAAAUAGUACGGAUAACUGUAUAGUGGCCGUGGAUAAUGAGUUCGUGAUUGUGUGUAGUGGAGCCCGUUUAACAGAAACAAAAAAAAUGCUCCGGAGAUCAUAGCGAACGCGCAAACAGACACACAAAAAUGGGCCCCCCCAUUUCAACAUGGCCGAGCAGUGCACGGAGAGAUACUAAAGUGUCAAGUGAAAAGUGCUUCGUAGUUCAUAUAGUGGACAACUGCAGUGCCAUAGUGGGCUUGCAUUAUACGUUUCUGUUUAUAUUAAUACAAGUGCUGCUUAGUUUUGUGGCUGCCAGUCCUGUUAUAUUGAGCUUGGAUUAUUUACAAGGUCCAGUCCCCCUAGCUAGGAAUAUAAGACACUUGCCGUGCAUAUCAAGAAGUACAGGACAAGAAGGACUAUGUAUGUUCGCGAUAGACUGCCUCAAAACCAACGGGACCCAUCUAGGAACAUGUAUAGACAGGUUUUACUUCGGCUCCUGCUGCCAGAUAGCCGACAAAACAACCUUACCACAGAUAAUCGGCAACAAUAUAGAAGACAACGCAAUAGACAGCGCUAAUUUCGUCCAUCCUCUAACAGAAGAUAAAGUUCACAGCACCGUCAGUAAAAUCCCCGACGCUGUAUACCCAAAUAAACAUGACACUGGGCUUAAUAAAGUAACAGUAACAAAUAUUGAUAAAGUAACAAGCAAAUAUAGUAACAAACCAGUCACUGAAGCAAUAUCAACAGAUAAGACAACAACAGUCGAAGAACGUACCGAACCAAAUGUAAUAGAAACUAAAUCAGACGAACCAACUACGCUUAGUAAUAAAAUAGCAAAUGAAAAUGAUGAUCCAAAAGUACAAACAGAUACAACUAUCGCAAAAGAAAGUUUAACAACCCAACCAACUAAACUUGAUGAUGCUACAGAAACACCAAUUAAAAUAUCAACUUUCCAAACUAUAUCUAACGAUAUUGGAAGUCUUGUGACAGAAAAAACAGAAGCUCCAAAACCUACGACAGAAUCUGUAAAAAUCACUGAACAAGUAACCACAGAUAAACCGAUAAAACCUACGAGGAAACCAAUCAAGCCUACUUAUAAACCAAGACCAACGUACAGACCAAACAAUUUCACGAGACCGACUCAUAUAAGUAUUAAACCUAGACCUACGAAACCUAUCUCACCGUAUAACACUACAAGAAAACCUCCUUACAGAUUACCUCCAAAAAGACCGUCUACAAAAAAACCUCUACCUAUACCACCAAGAUUAAAUAUCACAAUUUUGCCACCAUCUACUAGCAAUGGACCACUUUUUACAAGACCAUCUGUGUCAACAAUCACUUAUAUUAACACAACAUCAUCGAAACCAGAUGAAACACCGUCAACAACUAUAUCUACGACAGUAACAACAGUACCACCUAGUCCAACAACAACAGUGUCAACGACAACAACAACACAAGUGCCAACAACAACAACAACAACAACAACAACAACAACAACAGAAAAAGUAACAGAAACAACUGAAAGUAUUGUCACAGAAACUGCAUUACCAAUAUCUUCACCCUCAACAGAAAUCGUUACUGAAAAAGCGACAACAACGACAGUGAUGGAUAAAACUACACCAACAACAGUAAAUGAUACAUUAACAACAACACUAAAAGAUAAACUAACAACAACAACAACAGUAAAAGAUAAACUAACAACAACAACAACAGUAAAAGAUAAACUAACAACAACAACAGUAAAAGAUAAAAUAGUUACAACAACAGAACCUACAGAAACAGAACCAACCGUCGAACCGUCUAAAGAAAUUGUAACAGAGAAAGAUAUACCACAAGAACCGUUUACAAACAGCGUAACUUUACAAGAGGAAGUUACGGAAAAAGAAACCUUAAGACCGGUGACUGAAGUUGAAAUUCCUGAAACAACAAAACCAUCGUCGUCUACAGAUUUUCCGCCUUUUGUGACUUGGACAAACGCUGUGGAAAACUCCAAAGUUCCUGCCACUACUACGCCUAGUACUACGCCUACCCCAGACGACGUAUGGUCACCAAUAACGCCACCAGAAGGAUGGAUCCUAAUAUCAACAAUACAACCGAAACCGGAAACAACAUCGACAACAACAACAACAACCACUACAGAAACCCCAACAACAACGACACAAUCUACGACAACCACAACCACGGAACAACCGACAACAAUCGUUGAAACAUCAUCAGUUGAAACAACAACAAAGAUUAUAACACCAGUAUUGACGGAACAACCAACAACAAUGUCAACAACAACAACAACUUCAACAACAACACAAGCGUUGCCUGUAACAGAAGCGCCGAUGUUAGAGUUCACAGUAAAUGUAACUUUGUCGCCAACUAUUCCAACUACAACUUCUAGUAUUGGAUUGACAACGUUUAGUUCGAUUUCAAAUGUAACUGAGCCUUCUAAGACUGAGAAUACAAACGUAACUACUACUGAAAUCGAAGACCAGACUACUCAAUCUGGCAAUGUGACGUCAGAAGAUGCUACCACACCUGUAUCUACCUCGACCGUCUCUACCACCACCGAGUCUUACAAUAUGUCCAAUUACAAAGAAGUGUGUGGCCGACGUAUGUGGCCUCAAGCCAGAAUCGUGGGAGGCGCAAAGUCUGGCUUUGGACAGUGGCCUUGGCAGAUCUCCUUGAGGCAGUAUCGGACUUCCACCUACCUCCAUAAGUGUGGGGCCGCCUUGCUGAAUGAAAACUGGGCCAUCACUGCUGCACAUUGCGUUGAAAGAGUACCACCAUCAGAGCUAUUGGUGCGUCUAGGAGAAUACGACCUGGCGAAUGAAGAUGAACCUUACGGCUUCGCUGAACGGAGGGUUCAGAUUGUCGCCAGCCAUCCACAUUUCGACCCUGCUACCUUUGAAUACGACUUGGCAUUGCUCAGAUUCUACGAACCAGUGAAAUUCCAGCCGAACAUUCUACCAGUAUGCGUCCCAGAUAACGAUGAUAAUUACGUGGGCAGAACCGCCUACGUCACCGGUUGGGGACGAUUAUACGACGAGGGUCCCCUGCCAAGUGUACUCCAAGAGGUAGAAGUUCCCGUCAUCAAUAAUACAGCGUGUGAGGCCAUGUAUUUGGCUGCUGGGUACAACGAGCAUAUCCCUAAUAUCUUCAUAUGCGCCGGCUGGAAGCAGGGUGGCUUCGACAGCUGUGAAGGUGACAGCGGUGGUCCCAUGGUGGUGCAAAGAGAGAAGGACAGUCGCUUUGUUCUGAGUGGGAUCAUUUCUUGGGGCAUCGGGUGUGCGGAACCCAACCAGCCCGGCGUCUACACACGCAUCUCAGAGUUUAGAGACUGGAUCAAUCAGAUAUUGCAGUUUUAGUGGAAUGAACUGAUAAAAUUAAAAAAAAAAUACAGCCUUGGUGAAAAAAUGACAAAAAAAUACGAGCUUUAGUGAUGAAACUGUCAAAAAUUAAAGUUUCAGUGCAAAAAAGUAUUGAAUUAGUGAAAAAAAUCCACAAAAUUGUUACGAUAUUUCGAAAAAAACUCCUGUUUUUACAGAAAAAAAUAUGUUGAUUAUUGUAACUAUUAUUGUUUUUAAUAAUUUUACAUAUUUCAU